CUUCCGCGUGUCUCUCUUCCUCCGUUCUUCUAGGCCUGGGUGCUUGCUGUCAUAGUUAGACUAGACGACCGCUACUGGUCGAAAUAUUGGGAAAAAUUCGUGAUGAAAAGUUUUGAUGGUUCUAAGAAAGAGGACGAGAGGGUGAAUAGCGCCCAAGCACUUGAUAUUUUAAAUAUUGAAACCGAUGAAAAAAGAGUUGAUUUUUCUGAUACUUCUAAGACUUCAGAGUUUGAGGAUAAAUGGAAGAUUAAAUGGACAGAUUCUAGAAGCCCCGUUCCGAAGUUUAAAAGCAUGACGCUUCACCAGAAGUUGUUUUUUAUAUCACUAAUACUCGCUAGGACGUUAGGCAUUACAGGCAGCUUGUAUUUUUUUAUGAUCUCGUUAGACCUUUUGGGUUCAGCUUUUCAGCUUUUGAGCGUAACGGCUUUCGGGAAACUUUUGAAAAACUCCGAGGAAUUUAAGAACCCCGUCGCUUGUUUGGUGUUCGGUCUUAUUUUCACGGCUCUUGUUCAUUCCUCCUCUACGACUUCAUCUGUUUUUGUUUCAUUGGCCGCUUCAAAGAUUUUUAAAGUCAAACAGAUCAUUUUUAUGAUUAUGGGCGCCAAUAUUGGCACGUCUCUCACUGGUGUCAUCGUUAGUAUGACUCAGAUUUCGGAUAAGCAGAUGUUUCGCAGGGCCUUCGCUGCAGCGACCAUCCACGAUAUGUUCAAUUUUCUUACUGUUCUCAUUCUUUUUCCUCUCGAGCUUUUUUCUGGGCUCUUAGAAAAGAUGGCCGCUGGCUCGACGGCUUCGAUCUCCGAUAAGCAGGGUGUUAAUUGGAAUUUUAUCAAGCAUAUAACGGAACCGUUAACCAAUAGAAUAAUACAAGUUGACAAAGAGGCCUUCUUAUCUACUGUUAACCAAAAUGCUAUGGAAACCGGUAUCAUAAACCGGAGUGCCUGCUCCACUCCCAAUAAAUUCCUCUUCUGCUCGGAUGCAUUGUCGAGUACUGCCAUCGGUUUUAUUCUACUGUUCUGUUCGCUAGCACUGGUUAUGACUUGUUUGCUUCUCCUGGUCAAGAUUCUGCAGUCCAUUAUGAAAGGGACCGUCUCCCGGUCUAUAUAUAAAGUUAUUUCACAAGACUUCCCAUAUCCCUUCGGUUGGGCAAAAGACUAUGCCCUUAUUGGUGUCGGCCUUAUUCUGACUCUCUUUGUGCAGUCAUCCUCAAUCACCACUUCGGCGCUGGUGUCAUUGGCGGGCGUAGGCCUCCUGACAAUCAAUUCUGUCCUACCCGUUUGCGUGGGAGCCAAUUUGGGGACCACCUUCACAAGCAUCCUUUCUGCUUUUUCCCAACGCAAUGUGAAGACUGCUUUGACUGUAGCGUUUACCCACUUCUAUUUUAAUUUUCUUGGCUUCCUCAUCUGGUUUCUGGUCCCCUACAUGCGCCGUGUUCCAACUACAGUUUCUAAAAAGUUUGGUAAUAUUACUGCGGAACAUCGCUGGUUUUCCGUUUUUUACGUUAUGACGGCAUUUUUGCUUGUUCCUUUUGCUUUGUUGGGCUUGUCAUUUGCCGGAAUGGGCGCGUUGGUAGGUGUUGUCGUGCCCAUUGUUACUGUCCUUUUGGCUUUACUGAUAGUACUGCGUAUACGUAAAAAAAAGCCCGAGUGGCUCCCACCGUUCUUAUUGGAGUUCUAUUGGCUUCCCAUUUGGAUGCGACGUGAGCCCUCGUUUCUAAAAAAGUUCCAUUUGUGGCUUGAAGAACGGGCCCUCAAAAAAAAGUCUAGAAGAAGUGGAAAACUCACGUUUUCGGAGAGAAUUUUCGAAAGGCUGGGACCAUUAAACGAAGAGUAUACGAACCAGCGAUCAAUUCUUACUAACAAAAAAAGUAUUGAAAAAACAACCCCUUUUGACAAGGCGGAAUUUACAAUAGAAAGUGUUUAAGUUUAUUGUCGAAAUAGUCGAAAUUUGUAAUUUUCACUAUGAUCAGGACUAAAGGUAGUAUGUAGCUUUAAGUGUGUAAUAAAUGGUUACAGUAUGA